AUGAUUGGUGCUAAAAUAACUGCAACAGCUGGUACAGAAGGAAAACGAAAAUUUCUACGUGAAAAGUAUCAAAUUGAGCAUGUUUUUAAUAGUCGAAAUUUAUCAUUUGUCAAGGAUGUACGUCGAGUAGCACCAAAUGGUGUUGUUGAUAUUAUUGUUAAUACAUUAUCAGAUAUUUUUAUAGAACAAUCAUUGAAAUUACUUGCUCCACUUAGUCAUUUUAUUGAACUUGGAAAACAUGAUAUGUAUGCUAAUUCAAAAUUAUCAUUAUUUUCAUUGAGAACAAGCUGUAAUUUUCAUGUUGUCGAUAUUGUAACAUUACAAAAAUAUUUUUCACAAAAAAUUCAUAUUUUUUUAAAUGAUAUAGCAAAUUUAUGUUUUCAACAAAAUUUAACACCCACUAUGCCAAUAAUAGAAUUUGAAGCAUCAGGUAUUCAACAUGCUUUUCUUACUUAUUCUCAAGCAACACAUAUUGGAAAACUUGUUGUUAAUAUUGCUGCAUCUCAUAAAAGUUUACAACUUCCUAAUGAUUACAUUAGCGAACAAACCUAUCAACAACGACAAAAUGCGAUGUUUUCAACUUUAGUAUGUAAUCAUGGUAUAAUCGUCAUUAGUGGUGGACUUGGUGGUCUAGCUAUUGAUAUAUCUAAAUGGAUGUUAAAAGAACGUGAUGUUAAAAGAAUUGUUUUAUUAUCAAGAAAUAUUAAUGAAUUAGAUCAUCAAAGUUCACAAUAUAAUAAUUGGAUAAAUCUUGAACAACUAACUCGAUAA